AUGGCUGCCCCGCGGCUGCCCUUCCUCUGGCCGAUGCUGGCAAAGGGAUUCGAGGCCAACGCGCCGUCCGCACGCGCAGCCAAAGCCGCUGUACGCUUUCGUGCACUCCACUCUUCGGCACGGCGAAGGAGUCCAGAGACCACCGUUCCCCAAAAGCAGCGCUACGGGGCUGCAAAUGAACCGCCGCCACAUUUGAGAAGCGAAACACCGCCCACCAAGGAGGAUCUUGAGGCGCAGCAGAAAGCGUUGCCGAAGAUUGGCAAAAGAUUGCAAAACGCGGGCGAGGCGGAGAUCAAGGCGGAGAAGGAGGAAGGGCAGGACGAGGGGGUGGAAGAUGUGCCUGCAAAGGGAGAGGAAGCUGUGCAGUCCAAGUCUCCGCUAGCUGCCACUCUGGACGCAGCGGCGCCUGUUCCGAAGGCACCCGGAUCACUCGACACGCCUCCUGAUAAACCCAUGGAAACGCUACUCGACCAGGUGCCAGAUCCCCAAGCACACUCGGAGAAGCAGCAGCAAACGACAGCAAAACAGGAUUCGCCAUCGUCAAACCAUAUAUCAGAUAAGGGUGGUCCAGUUGUCGACGAACAUGCGCCUCCCACAAAAGCGCCGCAUAUCAGUACGCCAAGACAUGUGCAUCACUUUGACACGUACAGUCUAGUGAAUCGCCUGAAAGCAGGGAACUGGACAGAAGCGCAAGCUAUCACGGCAAUGAAAGGUGUACGUGUCAUGCUAGCAGAGAACAUGGACCUAGCACGAGAAGCGCUGGUGAGCAAGUCUCAAGUAGAGAAUGAGACGUAUCUUUUCCGUGCGGCGUGCGCGGAGCUCAAAACGGAAGUCACGAGUCGACGGAGAGCAGAGCAAGAAAAGCUGCGCACAGAACGUGCCCAGCUGCAGCACGAAGUUGAGAUUUUGAACCAGAGGUUGGGCCAAGAGGUCGCGGCUAUGAAGGACGAUGUAAAAGGCACUUUCGACGAUCGCAAGAUGGCGGUGCGGAACGAUGAACGCUUAAUGGAAUCCAAGAUUCAGCGUCUGAACUAUCAGAUUACUGUCGACCUGCAAGCCGAUGCAAAGUCGGAAGUGGAAGGCUUGCGAUGGGUUAUGACCCGGCGUGUGAUCCUUGCACUGGGUGCAAUUGUUAUCAUGGUCGUUGGCUCACUCCGACUCUACUCCAAUGCCGUACAUGAGCAAGAGAUGAAAGCCAAACGCCUUGCCAACAUGCGCUCGGGAAGCACGCAGACCGAAUCUGGUGCUGAGCAUGGCCGACCAAGCGGGAGCGACAACAUGAGUGAAGGCGAGAUGUUGGUGGAUUCGUUGCCAACAGGGUGAUGAUGAGUCUCCAUAAAAAACAGUCGUUGUUGAAGAGAUAGAAUAUGAUAGACCAAGAUACCCAC